CAUCAGCUUCUCGCCUCCCCCUUGUCUGUUUCAAUGAUCAGAUAAAUACGAAUCAGGCUUACAAUUCCGUUUCACCGAGUCAACCAUUUGUUGUCCUACAAUCCAAGCGAAACCUUUUUACCUUUCCUUUGCUUAAACACAUACACUUGAAACAGUCAAACAAAAAUUUUCUUGUUCUUUCUCUCGAUCAUUAUUAAAUCAAAUUUUGUUCACUCCAUUUGAUUGCAGAUUGUUGAUGGUUUAUUAAAACUGACAAGAGAUUCAACAGUUAACUUAAUUGCUACCACAGUCGCAGUGUCCACAACUCAAGAUACAUUGCUUUUCACUUUUGUUUUACCACUGUUUCGCUGAGGUUGACUAUACCUCAACUUGUCAUCGAUCAUCUUUAUAAUCAUAAUUUUACAGUUUAAUUUAAAUUUAAUGAGUGUUGGUCAAAUUUUGUGUAAAUAAGUGUUUUAAUUUGAAAAUCAUUGAGAGUCUGUUUCAUUUCUGUUGAUCAUCUAAUCAAGAGCAAAUUAAAAUGGAUACUUUCUCUGAAUCAGAGAUUGCAAGGUUUUACAAUGGACGAUGUGUUUUCAUCACUGGAGGAACUGGAUUUAUGGGAAAGGUUUUGGUCGAGAAAUUACUUCGAUCUUGUCCAGGACUCAAAAAUAUGUACCUUUUACUUCGAAACAAGAAAGGUCUUGCUCCACGACAACGACUUGAACAGCUUCUAAAUGAUAAAAUUUUUGAACGAAUCCGAGAAGAAAAUCCAAAAUCACUGAACAAAAUUAUUCCCAUUUCAGGGGACAUUACAGUUGAUGGUUUAGGAAUCUCACAAAAUGAUUUGAAUCAACUUGUGAAAAAUGUUUCCGUAAUAUUUCAUUCGGCAGCAACAAUUAAAUUUGAAGAACCUUUGAGAGUUGCUGUCAAUUACAAUAUGCUUGGCACUCGGCGAGUAAUUAAAUUAGCUCAUCAAAUUCCACAAUUAGAGGCCUUGGUUCAUGUCUCAACUGCUUAUGCCAAUUGCGAUCGACAAAAGAUUGAUGAGGUCAUUUACGACCCUAAAAUUACUCCACAGCAGCUGAUUGAUGCAAUUGAAUGGAUGUCAGAUGAAAUGAUUGAAAAUAUCCUUCCCAAGCUUCUUGGUGCUAGACCAAACACUUACACCUUGACCAAAGCAUUGGCUGAAACUAUGAUCAUGGAAGAGUGUGGAUCACUUCCAGUUGCCAUUGUCCGUCCUUCCAUCGUUACCGCAUCUCGCCGUGAACCCUACCCAGGCUGGGUUGACAACAUUCACAAUGUAACUGGCAUCUUUUUAGCUAGCAGUAAAGGUGUCUUAAGAUCACUUUAUCUUAACUCGUCCGCUGUUUUGGACAUUAUACCUGUCGAUAUUGUUAUCAACUUGAUGAUUACUGUGGCCUGGAAUACAGCUACUAAACCCCAGAAUAGCAUUCUUAUCUACAACUGUUCAUCUGGAAUGCUCAAUCCAAUCACAAUUGGAGAUAUUGAAAAGUAUACCUUUCCAUUGGCCAUAAAGUACCCUUGUUCAGAACAUUUUCGUUAUCCUGGACUCACAAUUCGUUCAAAUCGAUUCCUUCACAAUGUUUUUGUCCUCCUUGACCAUUACAUGCCUGCUUAUAUCUUUGAUACAAUCAGUGCUCUUACUGGAGGCAAUCGAAUGAUGGUUCGUAUUUAUGAGAAACUACACAAAGCGACUGAACAAUUAGUUUUCUUUGCUACUCGUCAAUGGCAGUUCAAAUCAACCAAUAUUCGUGAUCUUCAAGAGCAACUAUCUGAAGUUGAUCAAAAGACAUUUUGCUUCGACGUUAAACAAAUUCAUUGGCCACAAUACCUUGAAGACUAUUAUCUUGGUAUUAGGCGAUACAUUCUGAAAGAGGAAAACUCAACAAUACCUGCAGCCAGGAAAAACUUAAAAAGGCUUUACUUUACCAACAAAACGAUUGAAUAUCUAAUCUUUUUUGGACUGUUCAACGCAUUCAUGUAUCGUUCUGGUGCAGGUUCCUAUAUCUGGUCAUCGGCAAAAAGUAAAUUAUUUGACUUUGUUCAGUCCCAAGUUUAAAUAAUUUACCUUCCAAAUGAACAAAAAACAAAACAAUGCAAAUUGUUACCUUUUAUAAUAACUUUUUCUUUCUCUUAUCUUCUUUUGUUGACUUUUUAUCCAUUCACUUACACUAUUUUUUCUUGCUUCUUGAUCCAAUCUUUGACAAAACAAAAACUUGUACAUGAUUUAUACUCUUCUUUGAUCAACUCUCAUAUUUCUUCGAUUUUUUUCACCUUCUUUCCUAUUUUUGCUACUAAUUAAAUAUAUAUAAAUAUAUGUAUAUAUUUAACAACCAACAAUCAAUUUCACCAUCUUUACCCUUUCUUGCUUAUUGGACAUGCUGUUGGUAAACAAAGCAAACUAAAAAAAUAAAUUUUAACAUUAUUUGUAA